UUCACUCCCCAAUCCAUAAAUCUCCACUCCAACCAUUUAGCGCACACUUCACACAACAUCUGUGUAGGUUUCGUCUUUUCCCACUAAGAUACGCAGGAGAGAGAGAGAGAGAGAGAGAGAGAGAGAGAGAGAGAGAGAGCGCUUUGUUUCAGAGUCACCAACAAACGAUAUCACUGAAACAGAGGACUCUGUGAUGAGCUGAGAAAGACAAAGAUGAAGUUUAUGAAGCUUGGCAGCCGCCCUGAUACCUUCUUCGCCAACGAAUCCAUAAGGUCCAUAUCAUCCGAAGUGUCCACCGAUAUCAAAAUCCAAGUCCAAGACCGCUUGUACCAUCUUCACAAGUUUCCCCUGCUAUCCAAAUGCGGCCUCUUACAGACACUAUGCUCAAAAGACUCCCCCCAUCCUCCGACCACUAUCUAUCUCUCCGACAUCCCCGGUGGCGCCGACGCUUUCGAGCUCUGUGCAAAAUUCUGCUACAGCAUCACCAUCACUGUCAGCCCGCUCAACUUCGUUCCCCUGCGCUGUGCCGCCGAAUACCUCCUCAUGACCAACGCCGUGGACCGCGGCAAUCUCGCCGGAAAGCUCGAGUCUUUCUUCAAGUCCUGCAUCCUUCAACGUUGGAAGGAUACGCUACUCACCCUGCAGAGCACGAGGCAAUUUCCUCCCCUCUGCGAGGAUCUCAAGAUCACGAGCCGGUGCAUCGACGCUCUCGCCGCCAACGUUCUCUCCCACCCCUCCAAGCAGUGGUGGAUAAAGGACUUGGCAGAAUUAAGUAUUGACCAUUACUGGAGAAUCAUGCUCGCCGUCAAGUCGGCCGGAGUUGUCUCCAGCAAAAUCGUCGGAGAAGCAAUAAAGGUCUACGCCAGUCGGUGGCUUCCGAACAUGGGAGAUUCUCUCCAUGAGGCUAAUUUGAAGCACCAACUGCUUCUGGAGAAAAUAGUGAUUUUGCUUCCAAUCGAGGAAGGUUCAGUCUCCUGCAGCUUCUUGCUGAAGCUUCUCAAGGCAGCAAACAUAUUGAAUGCUUCUUCCACUUCGAAAUUGGAUCUUGCUAGGAGAGCUGGAGUACAAUUAGAGGAAGCCAAUGUUAAUGAUCUCCUGAUUGCAUCUUUUACUGAUGGGGACGAGAUUCUGUAUGACGUUGAUGUCGUGAUCACCAUAGUUGAGGAGUUCAUGCUGCAGGGACGGAGCCCGCCGACGAGCCCGCUGAGGAAGAAAACCAGCGGCGGCGAAAGGCGGCGGUCGAGGUCAGCGGAGAACGUUGACUUUGAAGGGCAGGAGAAUGGACGGCGGUCGUCGUCGGCUUCGCAUAGCUCUAUGCUGAGAGUAGCCAAGCUAAUAGAUUUAUACCUGCUGGAAAUUGCGCGCAAUGAAAAGCUUCCAGUGGAGAAGGUGAUAGCUCUCGCUAAAGCUGUGCCAGAUUUCGCGAGGAUGGAUCAUGACAAUCUAUAUAGAAUUAUUGAUACAUAUCUCAAGGCGCAUCCACAACUGGAGAAGAAAGAAAGGAAGAAACUUUGCAAGAUUAUUGAUUGCAAGAAGCUAUCAAUGGAGGCAUGCGUGCACGCAGCUCAAAACGAGAUGCUGCCUCUUCGAGUAGUGGUGCAGGUCCUCUUCUUCGAGCAGGCUCGCGCGGCAAUGGCCGGAGGCCAUGUUACAGAGCUCCCCAGCAACAUCAAAGCUCUUCUUACAAAAGCUGCCGGCUUCAAUGAGAAGGGAGUGACGAUGAACUGCACAAGCGGCCUGGAAGCAAAUGAUAGCGAGUGGAGCUCUGCUGCAGGGCCUAAAUGCCAGAUGACGAAGGUGGCGACAUUGAAGAUGAAGCUUGAAGAAGAUGACAAUGACAUGGAGCUGGAACAAGUCAUGGUGAGGGAUGGGCUGAUGAGAAGCACGUCUUCCAGGUUUAGAGCUCUGUGCCCUAUUCCUAGCAGGCCAAAGAGGAUUCUAAGUAAAAUUUGGACUUUGAAUAGAAGUGUUAGUGAAAGACUCUGAGUCCUUUGCUUCAGAUUUAUGUUGAGAAACCAUUAUAUUGGAUGGGCUGAGAGUUUUGUCUUUGUUUGAUGUUGAAAGUUGAAGCUUGAAGAUGAAUUGGUGUCAUAUUAUUGAAGUUACUGCGAUUAGUUAUGAAUGUGAAGUGAGAUCCAAUAUAUUGCUGGAGUGUGCAGGGCCGAAUUAACACACUUUCAUCUUGAAACAAUUUGUAUUAUUACGUUCAAAAUAUAAGAAACCUUAUCUCCUACCUUGCAGCAAAAAGAUCUCUAUCCGACCAGAAAAAAUCUCUCAAGUCAAAAAUGUAAUUCUUUUUCUUUAAGAACAGGUAGGGUGAAUGAUUAUUCUCAUAAAUGUUCAACUUUCUUUUUUA